AAGACGUCCGCAUUGAUCGCAAACCAAGCUCCCCAACUUCGACGCAAAAUGACCUGGAUCUCCCGAACAGUGACCGUGGCUGGCAUUGUGCUUCUAGCGCACGCGUGUUACUCCGCGCAAGAGCACUCCGCGAUCUCGUCAACGACAGCGCAGCACGGCCUUCCGCAACAGCUCGCGACGAGCUCACUCCCAAUUGACAUCUCCAUAGAAGCUUUGGUGGCAACACUGGUGGUUGUCCUUGGGCUGGUCCUGGGCUCCCCGAAGCUCCGUCCGGUCAAGUGGCACGAGUGGGCUGGAAAGAUUGAACGCGAGGGAGAGGCUGGCUUCCGGACGGGCAGCGGCGAGGUGGAGAAGGAUUACCGCGGGAACCCAUUCAGCGUGCUCGAGACGCGCCCUGGAUUCGUGGAUAUUCGCAAGCAGCGACGCGAGUUCGCAAGCUGGGUCAAGGCCGAGCAGAAGUAA